AUGGCUAAUAAUAUACCAGUGCGUGAUCCUGCUAGUAAAACAUCAGCAGCAUUUACGUUAUUUAUUGAAAAUGAUGGUCCUUACCAACCAAUAGAUGUUGAAUUUAUCAAGAUAAAUGGUAGUCGAGUAUUUCCAUCGAAAAAUGCAGAAAAGACUUUCACUAAUGUUGCUUUUAAAAAUUGGAAGAAAGGUAUAGAGAAAUUUACUCAACACCAAAAAUGUAAUGCACACAAAGAGUCUACAUGCAAAUUGUCAAGUUAUACGUGUAGGGAAGAGACGGGAAGAGCGGGGAUAAAAGAGUUGCCCAUUGUGCGUGCUGUACGCUGUCGCUGUUGUAGAUAUAAUGACAGAAAUGCUGACGCCAGCAGCAUGAACAAUACGUUUUUUAAAAAUAAUGGAUCAGUGAUUUCUGAAUUGAAUUUAGCACAUAAGAAUUCUGUAACUCAGAACCGAGAAUAUAUUAUAUGUCUAUUAAAAACCCUUUUGUUUUGUGCAAGACAAGGUAUAGCAAUGAGAGGACACAAUGAAACAGAAAUGUCAACAAAUUGUGGAAAUUUUCUCGAACUUUUAAAAUUGAGAGCACACGAUAAUGCAAUUAUUCAUAAAUAUUAUAUCGAAAAAGAAAUGUCAUUUACAUAUACAAAUCCUGAAUACCAAAAUUUAUUUUUAAAAUAUAUGGCAGAUAGCAUUAAAAAAUCCAUCAUAAAAGAUAUUCAAAGUAAUGGCUUUUACAGUAUUUUGGUGGAUGAAACUCAAGAUUUGAGUUAUCGUGAACAAGUUUCUAUUUAUAUCCGAUACGUUGAUCAACAUUUUGUCCCACAUGAAGUAUUUUUAGAUUUAAAUAAUGUUAGAGGUCAAUGCUAUGAUGGUGCUGCGUCGAUGAGAGGAUCCUACAGUGGCGCGCAAAGUAGAAGAAAAGAAGAAAAUCCAUUAGCACUAUAUGUGCUUUGUUAUACACAUAUACUCAAUCUAUGUUUAGUUGAUUUAGCUAAGUCUGUACCAAUGUCACCAAAAAAUAACUAUGUAACUGUUAAAGAUAUGGCUAUGCAUACAAUUGAGUCUUUAAAGGAUUAUAGGUGUGAUUCAACAUUUAAUGAAUUAUGGAUACUUUCAAAAACUGUUUGUGAUCAAAAUAAAUUAGAUCCUCCUAAGAUUCCUAGAAUGUCCAAAGUUCCAAAUAGACACGGUGGAAGUGCCAAACAAGCAGUUUACCAAGAUGUUCAACACUAUUUUAAAAUUGACUUUUUCUUCCCUCUUUUAGAUUUAUUAACUAACGAUAUAUCAAAUCGUUUUUCUGAAAAUGAUCUUCAUAUCCUACAAGCAUUAUAUGAUGUACUAUGUGAAGAAAACCCAUCGAAUGACGUUAUUAAAAAAAAACUAAAAACAUAUCUACGGCUUACUAUGGGCCAAACAAGACUGAGUAGUAUCGCUACUCUCUACAUUGAAAGAGAUAGAGAAGUUGAUUUUGAUCAAGUAAUAAAUGAAUUUGACGAAGGUGCACCAAUUCGUGGUCGACGGCUUGUAUUGAAAUAA